CUAGCGUCGCGGAUUGCAGUGUAAGUACUACUCCCGGCGACCCCGUAUAAUAUGACCUUCCGCGUUGCUUCGGGUUCCGGACAAAAUCAGAAGUGUCGGAGGUCAACAAGCACACACACAACGGGAAAAAUGGGCUCUUGUGGACAUACGAUAUCGUCACUAUCUUUUUUCCGGAGUAGGAAUACCAGAAUUGGUCUUUGGAAAUAUUGAUGCUUGCUGGGAUGCGCGAUCAUUCUUUCCCAGGUUGGUUUCUUAUGUGUGCAUAGAGAGCAAAAGCAAAGUCAUCCUACCAGCCCACCGCAUCACUGUCUAUUUCCUUAAAAUACGGUUUGUCAAUUACUUCACGAUUCGCACAAGGCUGCCUUCAUGUCAAACAAACGAUCUGAGGAAGUUCCUUUUCUGAAGGAAGAGGACGGCCUCUUAGAUGGAGACCUGCCAGUCGAUGAAAACCGUCACCAGCGAAGAUCUUACCGCAUUCAAAAAUCUGCUUUGUUCGCUAUCUUUUUCAUCGUGAUCCUUAUCAUAACAGCUAUUUCUGUUGCUACCCAGAAGAUUCUCACGACGAGUACAACAACUAAACAUUCGAAUACCGGUCAAGAAAUUGUGCAGGAACUUUCUCUCGACGCACAACUUGCGCCGAAUAAGGUGAAUCCGGAUUUGUAUGAUUUUCCAAGGCUUGGCACUGUCGUGGCAAAGACACCAAGUUGUGGUAACAACCCGGAAGAAGCUGAAGCCCUAGGUUGCAUAUUUGACCCUAUGAAUUGGCACUGGACCCGUCCAGAGUGCUUUUAUAAAGAAGGAUCUGAACGAGCACAAGCCCAGGGGCCUUGGAGUUACUACCGAGAUGCAAAUUUUACGGAAGAGAUGAUUCUACAUGACGAACGCGAAAUGUCGACCGAGAGGCUGAUGUACACGGAGCAUAGCUGGCAUGUUAACCACUGCGUUUAUGCCUUGGAGUCCUUGCAUCGUGCUGCUUUAUUGGACAAGUGGAUACCGGAGGAAGCAGCCAGCUGGCCGCAUACUUUACACUGCAUGAUGGUCUUCCAAAUGAUGGGUACACCGCCAAAGAAGCUGAAUACACGUGUAGAUAUGCAGUUUCUAGGCUGUGUCAAGUUUGAGGCUAAGAAUUAAAGCUGAACCGAGCAUUCAUAUCCACGCUGAAAAUAUUCAGCAAUAUUUCGAUCACUUUUUGGUGUUGACAUUUGAAGUAGUAGGUAGAAUUAUUAACUUACAUCAAUUUCUG